ACCGAGGCCGGAAGCGCCGCGGUUGGAGCGCGGAAGGUGCGGGCGCGGCCGGACGGGUGGCCGCGCCGGGUGGCCGCGCCUGGUGGCCGCGGGGCCCCCGCGCAGCCGGGACAGAGUGUUGUUCACCCGCCACCUGCCACUGGAGCUCGAGGUGACUCCGCCGACCUCCCGAGCGUGUCCCGGCCGCGCCGCCAGCGCGAUGGGUUGGGUGGAGCUAGGCUGGCGGAAAGAGCGAUAGGGAAGGGACUGCCAGCCGCGUCGAGAAUUGCUGUAGCUCUUUCUGUGGGCAGGUGCUGCUGGUUUAUGGAUUAUGAAAAAAAUACGUAACUGCCAGAGGAGGUGAUGCUGUGGUGGUGAACAUCUCUCUGGUGAUGAAUGCUCCCGCUGCUCCUCGCUCCCUCAGUCGGUUUAUUGAUACGGAAACGUCUUGUUCUUAGGUUUGCUUUCCUGCAGGGAGCUCCUGAAAGUCUCCUGACAGUGAGAUCAAGAUUUUUAUUUUUUUUUAAAUGGCGACAUUAAUUCGCACUUUAGCCGAUCAUAGUGAUGAUGUCAACUACUGCGCCUUCUCAUCAUCGUGCUUGGCUACUUGUUCCCUGGACAAAACAAUUCGUGUUUAUUCUUUGAGCAACUUCACUGAGCUUCCGUACUCGCCUUUGAAGGGCCACGCGUACGCUGUGCACUGCUGCUGCUUCUCGCCGUCGGGCCGCGCGCUGGCCUCGUGCUCCACCGACGGCACCACGGCGCUGUGGGACGCGCGCGACGGCCGCAGGCUGGCGGUGCUGCAGCAGCCCGGGGCCAGCCCCGUCAGGGUCUGCCGCUUCUCUCCGCAGGCCACCUACCUCCUGUCAGGGGCGGCGGACGGCAGCGUGGUUCUUUGGAACGUGCAGUCGUUGAAACUCUACCGAUCUGGGAAUGUUAAAGGUGGUUCUUUGGUGGCUUGUGCGUUUUCUCCCAAUGGAAAUUUCUUUGUCACUGGAUCAACAAGUGGUGAUUUAACCAUUUGGGAUGAUAAAAUGAGAUGCCUGUAUAAUGAAAAAGCACAUGAUCUUGGUGUUACCUGCUGUGAUAUUUCUUCACAUCCAGUAUCUGAUAGUGAAAAUGGAUUCAAAUACUUCCAGAUGGCUUCUUGUGGACAAGAUAAUCAGAUCAAACUCUGGCUUAUUUUGUUUGCAGAUUUCUUAGGUGUUGAGUUAAAAUAUAAAUGCACACUGAAUGGACACACUGCCCCAGUUCUGGCUUGUGCAUUUUCCUGUGAUGGACAGAUGAUAGUCUCAGGGUCUGUGGACAAGUGUGUCAUAAUCUAUGAAACUAGUACUGGCAAUACCCUUCAUACUUUGUCUCAGCAUACCAGAUAUGUUACAACUUGUGCUUUUGCACCACAUAGUCCCUUACUUGCCACAGGUUCAAUGGAUAAAACUGUGCACAUAUGGCAGCUUGACUUUAUGCAACCCUGUGCAGGAGAUACUAUAGAAAAUGAAUCAAAGGUGGCUGUUGAGGACUGGUCAGAGGAUGAUGUUUCAGCCUGGCUCUGUGCACAGGAUUUAGCAGACUUUGUUGGCCUUUUCAAAAUGAAUAAUAUUGACGGCAAGGAACUACUGAAUCUUACUAAGGAAAGUCUUGCUAAUGAAUUAAAAAUUGAGUCUCUAGGCCAGCGCAGUAAAGUUCUCCAGAAAAUUGAAGAACUGAGGAUGACAAUGAUCUCGGUUUCUGUUCCUGUUCCUGAUGAGUUCCUAUGUCCUAUAACAAGAGAGCUUAUGAACGAUCCUGUCAUUGCCACAGAUGGCUAUUCCUAUGAAAGGGAAGCAAUGGAAAACUGGAUCAGCAAUAGACGAUCUAGUCCCAUGACGAACCUUCCUCUCCACUCUCUUAUGCUCACACCAAACAGGACACUAAAAAUGGCCAUUAGUCGCUGGCUAGAGACUCAGCAGAAGUAGUUAAACCACUGAAUUUUGAAAUUGUUUCUUAAAAUGAAUUGAAAUUUUAUGCAGCUAAAGGAAUUAAUUGUAUCAGAAACAAAUGGAAAGAAAAAGUUGUGUUUCUGUUUUGAUCUGUGGCUGGUUCAACCUUCACAAAACUCCUAGGAAAACUUUUUUAAGUUCCUGGUAGUUCUACUUUGUGGUACUUCUGUUAAAGAAUGAAGUACUCAAACUCAGUUUUUCAAAUAAAGUUUUCUUAAAAUUUUUACUACA